AUGGGGUCCCUUGACGAGGCUUCAUGGACUGGAACGGCCUAUGUUCAAGGUCGAGCCUCGGCUAAACUCCUCGCGAGUGAUCUUGAGCUAAGCUUCUGGGGAGGCGUCGACCCUCAGACCAGUGAGAUUAUCGACCGACACCAUCCAUUGAGUGGACAACAUCUACAAGAAACUGUCCUUGCUAUUCCGGGAGGUCGAGGGUCAUGCACUGGUAGCGGUGUUAUGCUUGAGCUGUUACUCAACGGCAAAGCUCCCGAGGCAAUCAUCUUUGAGAGACGAGACGACAUUCUUACCCUUGGAGUCAUGAUUUCAGAAGAAGUCUUUAACCAGUCAAUCCCCGUCGUGGUUCUAGAUAAGGAAGACUUUCGACAUCUCAUUCGACUGAACGGGCAGACAAUAUUUGUGGACGAUGGUUAUGUGUCCACUCACUCACCGUCAAAACACCGAAAAGGUUCAGUGAUAGAUACAGAAAGCGGUCUUAUCCUCGAGACGACACCAGCUCUAGAAGGUAUCAAACUCUCGACACUGGAUCAAGAACUUUUAAGAGGAGACUACGGCGAAGCAUCCCGCGUCGCUAUCAGAAUCGUCCUCCGUAUGGCUCAUCUUCUUGGCGCAACACGUCUCAUGGACGUAACACAAGUCCACGUCGAUGGCUGUGUCUACACCGGUCCUGCGACACUCGCAUUAGCAGAGAGACUCCGCGACUGGGGCGGCAAAGUUCGAAUUCCCACAACACUCAACUCUCUAUCAGUAGACCAAAAGCGCUGGAGAGCUCUUGGUGUCGACACUACUUUCGGAGAAGCGGCUGAUGCACUUGGAAAAGCGUAUACAGACAUGGGAGCACGACCAACCUUUACCUGUGCGCCUUAUCAGCUAGAGAGUGCCCCGAAAUUGGGAGAGCAGAUUGCUUGGGCGGAGUCGAAUGCUGUUGUUUAUGCGAAUAGUGUCUUGGGGGCGAGAACUAUGAAGUACCCCGACUUUCUGGACAUCUCGAUUGCUCUGACAGGGAGGGCGCCCAGAGGAGGCCCUCAUCUCGGCAUCAAUCGAGUGGCAUCAGUUUGUGUGAGGGUCGUGGGGCUGGAGGACACUACAAGUCUUGACGAUUCAUUUCCACCAUUGCUAGGAUAUUAUGUUGGAACUUUAUCGACGAGCCGAAUACCUGCGAUAACAGGACUUGAGAAGCUUGGUCUCUCAACAGACGAUCUGAAGGCCUUCGGUGCGGCUUUCGCCACGAUAUCGAGCGCCCCAAUGUUUCACAUCGUUGGUAUAACGCCAGAGGCACCGACACUUGAGACAGUGCUUGCCCCUGAAUUCACCUCUGUUGAAGUCAAGCUGAGUGAUCUGGGAAUAUGCUGGGAUAAACUCAACAGCGCACCAGCAAGCCAACCCAUCGACUUAGUAUCACUAGGCAACCCACAUUUCUCACUUUCCGAGAUGCGGAAACUUGCCAACCUCUGCCGGGGGCGACAAAAGGCUGCUAGAGUAUCCGUUAUCGUUACUUGUGGUCGGUCAGUGUACAAACUCGCUGAACAAGCAGGUCUCCUAGCCCAACUAGAGGAUUUUGGAGUGCAAAUAUUAACAGAUAUUUGCUGGUGUAUGGUAACCGAACCUGUGAUCCCAACGACAGCAAAGACAAUCAUUACGAAUUCUGGGAAAUAUGCUCAUUAUGGACCCGGCCUCACAGGGAGAGGGAUGUACUUUGGUAGUCUGGCGGGCUGUGUUGAAGCUGCUUGUUCAGGAAUAUAUGAAGCUGAAAAGCCAGAGUGGUUCAAAAGUAAAGGACUUAAAUAG